GAAGAUGGCGGCGCAGGGAAGGGAGCGGGUGGGCGGCGGUAAGGAGGAGCGGGGAUCGGGGCGUCCGGACUCGGAGCUGCUGCUGCACCCGGAGCUGCUCUCGGAGGAGUUCCUGCUCCUCACGCUGGAGCAGAAAAAUAUACUAGUCGAAAAUGAUGUAAAGAUGGACAAAGAUGGUCUCACUAAUCUCUAUAUUCAACAUGCCAUUCCCCUGCCUCAGCGUGACUUACCAAAAAGUAGAUGGGGGAAAAUGAUGGAAAAGAAAAGACAGCAAAAUGAGUUGAAAAGUGAGAAUAAAAGUGUUACAACAGUGGAAGGUUUAAGGAAACGGCCACUAAUUGUGUUUGAUGGCAAUUCAACGAGUACAAGCAUAAAGGUGAAGAAGACAGAGAAUGGAGCUGCUGAUCGCCUAAAACCUCCUCCAGCUGGAAGCACCACCAACACUGUUAGAAGAUUAUCAGUUCCUUCAAAUGCCUCAACAUACGUUUCAGCCUCCAGUUUAUCAGAGGACACUAAACUGGGAAUGAGGAAUAAUGAGGCUAAGCAGAACAAUGUUUCAAAGACUAACAGCAGUGUGUUGGCUAGUCUGAAGGCGUACCCUUUGUCUCCAGUAGCAGGAACUACUGUUGUGAAGUUAAAGAGAGCUGUUCCAAAAGAAGAAUCUGAUUUGCCGAAUGACCUAAAACCUACGGAAGCAAAGAAGAAAAUCCAGCAUGUUACAUGGCCGUGAAGUAGCUAAUGGUGCUUGAAACAUAAAUGUUACUUCCAUAUUUUCAAACAGAUAAGUCAUAUUUAAACAAUUUAAGUACAAUUAUUUUUAAACCUUACAGGGAUUCAGAUUGCUGUGAAGUUUUAACAAGUUUAAAAGUUCCCUGUUGUAAAGCUGGAGUCAUUAUCACCAGUCACCUUAAAAGUGUCUACUCUUGUACACCAGGUAGUUCAUUACUUCUUUAAAAGCUGGUAAUAUUACAAUAUACUAAACCCCCCACUUUUAGUUUUUGAGAUUAUUAUAGUUCAUCUCCUGCAUGUCACUAUGAUUCACACAUAUAAAUAUAUAUUUUUUUUGUUGUUUCGGUAAGAUUCAGUUUUGUUCCACUUCUGGUUAAAUAGUUAAAAUAGCUAUUGAGAUUCAGAGUGAUCCCAAGAGCCUUCUUGGCUUUAAGAAGAUAAAUCAUUUAGAUGAGAAAACUGGCGGUUCUGCUGAUAAGAUAGUCCGAGACAAAAUUCUUUCCUUUUCGCUGCACAGGAGUGUAGAACUUACAGUGCAAGUUAGGUUGAUAAUAAGAGAUGAACUGUUUUAACAGCAUUACUUCAAAUUGAAGUUUCUCUUAUUGACAUAUGAAAUAACAAAUGCACAGAUGGAAGUAUGUUAUUAGACUGUUUGAUACAAAUUUUUGAGAGGAAGUAGUGAAUGGAUUAGUGCCAUGUUCUCUUAAAUACACAGGCAUAUUUUAUACAUGCAUAAGUGUAAAAAUGUGCCAAUGUAGCAAAUUUGGUUGUUUUCCUGGUUACAGUCAUGCUUAUAAAAUACAGGGAGAACCUGUGGAAUGCAGGCCAGUGCUUUCUCGACUUGGAGAAGGACAGGGAUAGGAAGACAAAGCAGUACCUUGAUCAUUAGCAUGUAUAGUUGCACUCUUAAAAACAAAA